UUUUGUUAGUAUCUGAGGUCAACUGUGGCGGUAUCAGUUGUGUUUGCGGGGACUGGAAUUUGCGUUGUGAAAAUUUUUUGUAUUUUAAAAGAUAAUUUUUAAAUUAUUCUGCAUGUAAUGUUUAAUGGUUUUUAUCAAUAAUUUGCUCGUUCGUUUAGUUAAUUUUAAGUAUCUCGAAGAUGGCUUUAUUAUCUUCCGGAGAAUAUGAUUUAAUCGAAAAGAAUUGUGUACGUGAUAAAAAAUCCAUGAUAUUUGUCAAACUUACUGAUUCAGCUCAGCGAGCAUUGAAUGAUUUUUUCAAAAACCAAGAUAAAUGCAGAGUACCAAUAAUCGAAUUCAAUAAAGAUGACGGGAGAAUAUUUAUUCCAACGAGCUCCAAAGGUUCCAUAGAAUCAGAUAAAUGUAUGGCCCAAUUUAAAUUUAACGUCGAUAGCAAUGUUGCGAUGCAAGGUCAACAAGGGCGUUUCGAAUGUAUUCAACAUAAACGCGGAAGCAAGCAUUUAAUCAAAUUUGGGCAAUUGAAGCAUAGACUGUGGAUUCACGCUAACGAAGAUGUAUUCGAAAAGACUAAAAAUAGAAUGGCCGCCAUAGAAUUAGAACAGAGAAGGAAUUGUACGCGUGAAAUCGACUGGAAUGUCACGUCCGGAAUUAAUCGCAAAGUGAGAAUAGACCGAAAUACUAAACAAGCUCAGGUUCCAUCCGCAGCUGAAACGCCGCCUGCAGCUUCGGUUACCGCAGCAGCCAAAAUUACCAAUACUGUGCCAAUACUUAAACGUACUAGUAACUUGAAAUUAGCACCUUCGUUGGAUAAUUUAGAUAACAGACUUAAUAAAAGCACAACGUCGUCUUCGUCGCCAUCGCCAUCACCGUCGUUAACCAAGACGACAGCCAAUCCUACUACCAAAGCUAAGAAUACCAGAACCAAGCAAACAAACGCUGCCCCCAAAGCUACCAGUACCAAUAAUCCGGCCAUUAUGAAAAGACCUCUCAAAGAACGUAUUAUUCAUAUGUUAGCCAUUAGACCGCAUAAGAAACUAGAAUUAUUCGCGGCGCUUCGAAGAGAUGGCCUUCGCGAAAGUGAUAAAUCACAUUUAAUGCACACAUUAGUAUCAGUAUCCACUCUACGUGAUAAUACCUAUCAGCUAUUGAGGCAUGUGUGGAAUGAUAUACAAGAAGACUGGCCUUUCUACACGGAAACAGAAAGGCAGCAGAUGAAGAGAAAUAAACCUCAAAAUCUAACUCCGCCCAGCAGCGAUAGCGGUAUAUCAGUCGGUUCGAAUCAGUCUCCUAAUAGUAGUAGCUCGUUUUCUUCGGGAGAUAAAUCUCCGUCGUGCCAAUACAAAAGACCCGGAUAUUUUCACGGUGUCGAUGGACUGCAAACGAAACGACAUCGGAUAUCUCAUUAUAGUAGGCCUAAUAAACCUCACGCCGGCGAGGAAAACGUACAGAUAAGUCCGAGCAGAAUAACGAACUGUUUCGACGAAGUCAUCGAGAAAUCUGGACUGUUUAACACAGCUGUGAAAAAUCCUCCGUUGAGGCCUAACUACAGAUAUGGCCGAUCGCAGCCAAUGGACGUAGAUCCUUCAAAACCUUCGAAAGAGCUUAAUACUAUUACUAAAAGUGUUCCUGAUCGUAGUGCCACGAAUAGCGCCAGCAGAAGUACCAUAUGCAACGCUAAUAAUAAAGAUGAUACCAAAGAUCUAAAUAUUGUACCUCAUUCGGAUGUGUACAGCAGCGCGUCCAAAUCGCAAGCAAUCGAUUCGUCUGCGCCGUAUAGAAAUGUCGGAAGGAUCAAAACCGAACCGUAUGAUAGACAAUCUCAGCUUAGCAAAUCUUCUAGUAAUGAAUUUAGUAAUACGAACGCGUCUUCGAGAAGUACUUCGUUAAAUAAUCCAACUCCUAGUUCCGUAUCGCCGUUACCAUUGAAAAUGUCGCAGAUGAUGCUGCCUGACGAUAUUAGUGAGAUUGAAUACGAAAAAGAGUACACUACCAUUACGAAUAUUGAACAACGUAGAAAAUAUAAGGCUGAUUAUACAACAAUAUUAGAAGAAUACGACGUUCUAAACGAAAAAGUAACUGCAGUAGCUAUGAUGUUUGCUGAAUUAGGAGAAUCACUCAAACGCUGUGAAAGAGGAAGUGUUGAAUUUAAGAGAAUCGAAAAUGAAAUCAUCACCAGGUAUCGAGCAUAUAAAGAAGAUGAAGCAUAUCAAGCAUCGAAACGACGUUGUGAAUUCUUAUAUGCAAUGUUAUCUCAUAUUAAAUUACUGAUUAGCAAUUACGAUGAAAAAUAUUGCGAAAUUGAUGAUCUAUGAAGCCAUGUUGUUUUUUUUGUAAAAUUUUUAAGUUAUUUUACCAAUAAUUUGGUUGAUUUUUUUUUGUUUUUUGUUUGUACGCAACCAUUUUUUUUGUGAUUUGAGGUAAACUGCCCAAUAGCCGCCACUUUUGUCAGAAAAAGUUCAAAAAAACACGAAUAGGUGAAAAUUUUAUGUUUAGCUAUUUGGUAGAAACUUUCAACCAUACGUACUCUUUUAUUUCAAAUUAAUUUUAUUUUAAAAAUAUUUAUAUAAUAAUAUUAUUAAUAAAAAUAAUUGAAAUUUCAUUAAAAAUUUCAUUUAAUGAGAUUAUUAUUUUUUAAAAAAAAGAAAAACUCAAAAAUAUUGAACCGGUAGAAUACCGCAGGAAAAAUGAGUGAAAAUUUCUGCAUAUCUGGCGGCUAUUGGCAAUUUACCUACAUCUCUUUCGAGUUUUUGUUUUCUAUUUUACCAUGUAUAUAUUCUUUUAUAACUUUCAUAUGUCUUGCAUACCUGAAUUUCGACUAUUUUUUGUUACUUGCAUUGAAAUAUUGAAUUUUCAAUAAAUUUUUGAUACGCGUGUCGAAUGUCGAAUCAACGCGGCAACAACAAAGAACCAAGUAAAUGUGUUACGAAUGUUUUUAUUUA